AUGGCAGCAUCAGCAGAAGAUGGUUCAGAAGAGUUGGAAACUGGAAACUCCCUCAUUCUUGCCGGAAUUGGGAUUCAAGUGGGUACCAUGUCCAUCUGCGGUAUAUUUGCCCUGGAUUUCUUCACAAGACAUGGUCGUAUGAAGAAGAGACAGAACCUCUCCCGGCAGACGGACUUGCAAAACCUUCCCACGUCUAGUCACAGGCGAUUUCAAAUAUUCGUCGCCGCGGAGAUUUUCGCAUUUGCUGCCAUCUUGACCAGAUGCAUCUAUCGACUUCCAGAGUUCGCUGGAGGCUGGGGGAACCCGCUGAUGCGUGAGGAGACGGAAUUCCUUAUCCUUGAUGGAGCUAUGGUGGCUUUGGGCGUCAUCACUUUUACGCUUUUCCAUCCGGGGUUCUGGUUCCCUCCCAUGUCGGGUCGAUCGAAGAAGGUUAGUCCAUCGCAGGGUGGUAUGAGUACGGUUGUAACUGGAGGAGAUGACGUUUCAAUGGAUGAUCAAAAGUCAGCGGUUGGUAAUACUGACGAUUAG